AUGGCCUUCCGAUUACACGUCGUCCGUCACGCCGAAGCGGCUCACAACCCCAACCAUGACACAACCAUCCUUGACCCCCCCUUAACAGCCAAAGGCAUCCACCAAUGCACGAACCUGAACCGCAGUUUCCGUUUCAAAUCUGAAGUCGGCUUGGUAGUCGCAUCUCCACUCCGUCGAACUAUCCAAACAGCUCUCCUUGGCUUUCAAGACACCCUUGACACGAGCUACUACGCUGCUGGGACAGGAGGUGUACGGGGUGGAGCAAAGUUCCAUCUAGAAGCAGACCUUCAGGCCCAUUCAGAUCGUAACUGCGAUACUGGCUCGACUGAGCUGGUUUUACGGGCGGAAUUCCCCCAACUCCCUUGGGACACCUUUGGGCUGGAUCCCCUUUUCCCAAAGAAGGACGGCCUGUACGCGCCGGAUAUGGAGAGUUUGAGGAGGCGCGGACUACGAGUCCAGCGGUAUUUGGCGGAAAUUUUCAGAGAGCUGGAAAAUACGGAUCGACGGGAUAUUGUUGUGGUGGUUCAUGGAGGGUUCAUGAGGUUUCUCGGUUUGGGAGACAACCUCACGGUGGAACAGGGAGACUGGGAGACAUUCAAUGUGACUUUCACUGAGGACAAUAGAAUGGAGGUAGUGCGAUCAUAG